AUGAGAGGGGUUAGACUCGAAGAGUUCGACACGAAUCCGGCAACGCCAAACUUUGGGCAGCCGACACCGAUUUACCCCGCCGGUGUUGGCGGCGGCGGAAGGAAAAAAAGCGUGGGCGUGAGGCCGUGGUUGGUUCUUUACUCGUCGGGUCAGGCGCAGAUGACGGAAGCCGGAAAACACACGAUCAUGCGGCGAACGGGAUUACCGGCGCGAGAUCUUCGGAUUCUCGAUCCACUGUUGUCGUAUCCAUCUGCUGUUCUGGGUCGAGAGAGAGCGAUUGUCAUCAAUUUGGAGCAUAUUAAGGCAAUCAUCACCGCGCAAGAGGUUUUGCUGCUUAACUCCAAGGAUCCUUCGGUUUCACCGUUCAUUGAAGAGUUGCAGAGGCGGAUUCUGGGUCACCAUCGCGCCACUAAACGUCAGGAAGAAGAGAACUCUGAGGGAGAGACCCGUACAAAUAUUGAUCCUGCCCAAGGAGAAGCUGGAACGCUACAAUUAUUUGGGGAUCAAGGGAGUGAAGCCAAGAAAGAUGCGAAGCAAAGCCUUGAUAAUCAAGAUGGAUCAAAGCUUCUUCCGUUUGAGUUUGUUGCACUGGAAGCAUGUCUUGAAGCUGCAUCCAGCAGUUUGGAAAGUGAGGCUGUAAGAUUGGAGUCAGAGGCUCAUCCAGCCUUGGACAAGCUUACUUCCAAGAUCAGUACCCUCAACUUGGAGCGGGUUCGACAGAUUAAGAGCAGGCUGGUUGCAAUAACUGGACGUGUUCAGAAGGUAAGGGAUGAACUAGAGCAUCUGCUUGACGAUGAUGAAGAUAUGGCUGAGAUGUAUCUUACAGAGAAGUUAGCUCAGAAACUUGAGAAUUCAUCAAAUUCCUCUAUGAAUGAGAGUGAUACCGUCGAGAUUGAUCUUCCUGAAGUAGAUGAGGAUGACAGGCUUCAACCCGACUUCGCAUCGGACGCUGACAGAGAUGAUGAGAGCCAUCUUCGAGCAGAUGAUGUUCACGAUCUUCUUAUGAGUGCUCAUAGCGCACUUAGCAGAAAUAGCCGUGGGACUCAUACAAGCUCAACCGGUAGCACCAUGAUCAACAAAUUCGAUGUUGAAGAACUGGAGAUGCUCUUGGAGGCAUAUUUUGUGCAGAUUGAUGGUGUACUGAACAAACUAUCAACACUAAGGGAAUACGUGGAUGACACAGAGGAUUACAUCAACAUAAUGCUGGAUGACAAACAGAAUCAUCUUCUGCAAAUGGGCGUGAUGCUAACAACGGCGACUCUGGUGAUAAACGCCUUUAUCGCUGUUGCUGGAGUAUUCGGUAUGAACAUUCACAUAGGUCUGUUCGAGGACAAUGAAAAAGCUGAUCCAGGAAGAUUCAUUUGGACGGUGGUAGGAGCUUCUCUGGGAAGUAUAUUCAUCUACGUUGGUGCCAUCGGGUGGUGUAAGCACAAGCGCUUGCUUGAAUGA